AUGGCGUCGAAGCGCAUCUUGAAGGAGCUCAAGGACCUCCAGAAGGAUCCUCCCACCUCCUGCAGCGCAGGUAGCUACUACCUCGCCGUGUCCGCCGCCGUUGAUUUCUGUUUUCCUCCGGCCGCCUCGCGGAUACUCCUCCCCCCCCCCUCCGGCGAUGUCGCCGGAGGCCUUCGAUCCGGUCGAUUCGACUCCCCCGGGGAGACGCGAUAUUAGGGUUCGUCCUCCGGCCGUGUUCUCCCCCAUAGGUGAUGUGGAAAUAGCGGCAAGGAUCGAUCUUCUGGCUAUUCACUGGGGCUGGGUUUCUGAUAUAAUCGGCUAUACCGUCUGCCUGCCGUGAUCUGGCUCACUCGCUGUUUGUUCAUCACGGCUCAGUUCCUCGUCAAAUCUGCUCCAAGGAUCUUCAUCUCUGACAGGGAAAAAUUCCUGCAUUUUUUUUCUUGUGAUCUACAGGGCCCGUAGCGGAGGAUAUGUUCCAUUGGCAGGCGACGAUAAUGGGUCCCCCGGACAGCCCCUAUGCCGGGGGUGUGUUCCUAGUCUCCAUUCACUUCCCUCCAGACUACCCCUUCAAGCCGCCAAAGGUAUUGUUUGCAUCAUCUCUUCCGAAUGAACAGCAAAGAUCAUAUGCUUCUAAUCAUAGGUCACUGCUUGUGUGCCUCUUUGGAUUCCUUCUUUGCUGGGUACCCUUUUCUCAACAAGCUCAACCAUGCCGGUUUUAGCAGUCUGAGUUUGGAUCUCAGACUAUGGCGGGGUUUCUCUUGCGCUAUGCAUUAGGUCAUAUCUCUACUAGCUCUUGAUGGGCUGUUUUGCCUGCUUCAGACCCCUCCAGAGAUCUACCCUUCUCCCUUCAACAGAAAUGUUUAGGGAUGAAUGGGGCCCUCCUUUUCUUCGUUUCUCUCUCUAGACUGCUUAUUUUUUUUCUGAUUCUCAUCUGCACAAAGGAUUUACAUACAUAAAUACACUUGGCCCUGCAGGUUGCAUUCAGAACCAAGGUCUUCCAUCCCAAUAUCAACAGCAAUGGAAGCAUCUGCCUAGACAUACUGAAGGAGCAGUGGAGCCCUGCGCUGACCAUCUCCAAGGUCGUCUUUCUACUCCCUCUCAGAAGCCCUAAAAUACCCCAGUUUUUUUUUUUUUUUUUGUUCUUUAGGAUAACACCCGUUCAAAUGAAUCCACUUGCAGGUGCUGCUCUCGAUCUGCUCCCUGCUGACCGACCCGAACCCAGACGACCCUCUGGUGCCGGAGAUCGCUCACAUGUACAAGACCGAUCGGUCCAAGUAUGAGGCCACGGCGAGGAGCUGGACUCAGAAGUACGCCAUGGGCUGA